CCCCUCAUAUUUACAGAAUAAGUAUAAGUGAAUUUUAAGAAAUAAACAGUCCGACGGAACGGUGUAAAUGUAUCUAUUAAAUAUUAACAAACUACAAAAUCGUCUCCACAGGUAGUACCUACACGAUUUUACUUUGAAGUUCGAGGUUCAUUUCCUGUUCUGACGGUUAAGCUUCCGUUUGAGCGGGCUUUGACCGGAGGUUAAUCUCUAGAAGGCGCGCACCGAGUUUUACCCAGAGAUAUUUGUUCCUCACCGGUACCGACAGAAAACGACAGAGAAGACCUGCAGACCUGUCUUUUGUGCUUCUGGUUCUAAGUCAUCAACGCCCAAGGAUACAAUUGUAAGUAUUCAAUUUGAAGUUAAGAAUGUGAGCCACACAUUACACAAAUAUGACAAUUUAUAUGUAUAAAAGUAGUCCUAUCUACUAAGCUAGCAAGACUUGUCGGGAACUUACUGAACUUGUGUGAUGUAAAGUUUUGAUGAUACAUGGCAGUGUGUUAUUUUUUUAUUGUGUUAAUCAUGUAAACUCUAAUUUCAACAUCCAGGUAAACCAAUCUGUUGGAGCAUCCUCAUCCUCCUUGGCAAAUUUAAAACCGAAUCUUAGACUACCCCACUGGAAUAUCUUCUUCUAGUUUUGCUAGGUAGCUGCUCCUAAUAUGACUUGGAACUAAGGAUUGCUGCUGUUGACUCCGAAGAGGUUCCUACAAGUGAGACAGAAUUGAGACUACUCAUUGUGCAAUGGCAGCUGAACCUUCAGAAAUGAUCCUCCGUGUCAUUGAGGCAGACCGUGUUAUAAAAUUAAAACUCAGCUCCCGGCCUAGCUCUGUUGACCAACUAAUCAACAUUUUGAAACACAAACUAGAAUUGGACAAUGACUUUAGCUUACACUAUGAAGAUCCAGAUUUUGAUGGGAAACUCACUUCACUAGUGGACAUUAACGAGUUGCCACAAAAAGCUGUUGUGCAUAUUUCCCUUUCAAAUGAUUCCAGCGCUGUUGCAUCAACUGAAACACUCUCAAACAUGUCAACACCGGAACGUCUUAGCAGAUGGCCUUCAGGUCCUUUUCCGAUUCCAUCGUUUUCAUUUGUUGUUGAGGUAAUGCUUACAGAAGGCAAUAGGGAAUUUGAGAAAAAUGGAACCCCUCUUCGGCUGGCUAGAGACCAAAAGCAUGACAUUCUUGAGCAACUUGCUUCUACGAUAUAUGGUUUUAAGGCUUACCCAAGUGACAAAGAGUUAGCUAAGGCAGCUGAAGCUCUUGUGGCCAAACAUCCAUGUUUAAAGGAAGCAGGAUCUGACACUGGAUGGAAUGGCUGGAAAAACAGCAUCAAGUUUAAAAUGGGUAACUACAGGACCAAGAUGAGAAGGGUCGGCUGUAAAGAGGUCACCGUAAAUGCUGGAAAAAGAAGCCGAAGAAACCCUGACAAUGAACCUUCACACACUAACAUCAAAAGGCCCAAGCGGGCAGAAGUUAACUUUCUGCCAAACUUUCCCCAAGGAGAAGAUUCCUCAAGUCUCGAACAUUUGAGGGAUCUUAUUGUUGAAGAAGUAAAGAAGACUGAGAGAAACCUUCCUCUCAUUAGUAAGAUGAUGCAGACCACAUUCGCCUUGCGGCGACAGACAAUAGUGAUGUCCUGCCCACCAGUGAAACAGCUCUUGGACCUGUGGCCUGCUCUUCGCAUGCAGUCUGAGGUGUUUGCAGAGUUCCAGCGGAUAACUAACCAGAACCUGUCUAACACAUUCUAUGCCGAACUUGAUCGCCACACUCCUCGUUUGAUGGCUUUAUUCCGACAAAAGGCUUCUAGAACUGGAAAGAAUGCAGAUGCUUUGGCUGAAAUUUUCAAAGUCCAUGAUGAACAGGUAUUACAUGAUAUCCACUCAAGGCGUACCACUGUUCUCCAUGCCCUUCCUGUGUAUCUGCGUGAAGAUACCUCCGGAUUUUUCCAAACAUGUGUGGAUGGUUUGGAUGAGCCAGGUUUUGGGGAUGCGUCAGUUGCUCUCCUUACAACAAUCAGCGACAAUUCAAUGAGUCGAGUUCACUACCAACCAGAGAAAAUCUCAGUUGUCCUAGAGGGUGAAGUGGUGGCCACCCUCCCGAGACUCGCUGAUGCCUUUCUGGUAAUGUUCGGCCUUACCUAUGCACUACAUCUCAGCUAUCCCAAAGGACUGACCAACACCUUCGAAUUUGCUCAGAAAAUUUUACUUGGUCUGGAAGAAUGUAAAUUGUCACCCAGACUGCAGUCGCUGAAGAAUGACUUGAUGGGACAUGUGUAGAACUGGAAGAUCUGAAAAGCAAUAAUGGAAUAAUCUGGCUCAUUCAGUUAAGAGCCUAAUCCAUAACAAAAAUAUGUUACUGUCUGUGUUAGCUGUUGUUCAACUAUUAAUGUUAAAAUUGCUGCUCUAUAAGCUGUCAAGCACUUGUUGCUACCUCACUGGUUUGCAGCCAGAUGGCACAGCGUGUGCAUAUGCAAUUUUUGUGUUUACUUUAAUUGUUAACUCUUCUUUUUGAUAUUGAAAUAUUUUUGUCCCAGUUUGUGAUGAAAAUGCAGAGCAUGAACGAAAAACAUGCUGAUGCCUUCUUGGUUAC